GAGACGUCUUUCUUCGUCUGUUCUUCCGCCUGUUGGCAGACUCGCAGCAGCUGCAGCUUGUGAAGGGGCAGUAAAAAAAAAAGUAAAAGAAGGAGUAAUCAUGCCGAUGUUCGUGGUGAACACCAAUGUGGCCAAAGGCGAUGUGCCGGCGGCUCUGCUGUCCGAGGCCACGGAGGAGCUGGCCAAAGCUAUGGGCAAACCUGUGCAGUACAUUGCUGUGCACAUCAACCCCGACCAAAUGAUGAUGUUUGGAGGAAAGGGAGACCCCUGCGCACUCUGCUCCCUCCACAGUAUUGGCAAGAUCAGCGGUGCUCACAACAAGCAGUACUCUAAACUCCUGUGUGGACUGCUCAACAAACACCUGGGCAUCUCUCCGGACAGGAUUUAUAUUAACUUUGUAGACAUGGAUGCAGCCAACGUGGCCUGGAACAACACUACCUUUGGCUGAGAGGGAGUGCAACAGACUGAAAUAGAAGAUCAUUCCAGUAUUUUCCUACACGUGUAAAACCGACAAAAUGAAUAAGCAAAGACACCUAGUAAUCCACUGGUCAAUCCACUGUAUGACUAUUAAAAGCACUUAGCUGGACCCUUUAGCUUUGCACUAAUCCUUUUAAAUUUAAAUGCAAUAAAGGAAACCCUGUAGACCACAAA